GCGACCGCUUUUGCCACGCGCGGCUUCAAUUUUGGACAACAAAGUGCCCGCCGAGCCUCUUUUCUGUCCAGAAUGGAUCUAACCCCUCCAUGGGAGGGAGAAGAAUGCGCGAAUGAUGGCCAGCCUCAACGGGUCUUCUGGCAGAGCUCCCAGAAUCCCCAACGCUUUUUGGACCGCGUAAUGAACGAGAUGGGUACUUCGAGUCCAGAACCUCAGACAUCAUCAACGAUCCAACGCUCCAUCUCUGCACCGUCCAUGAUGAACAUGACCCCAAAGCGAAAACACCCCGAUUCUCUAUCUGAUCUAUCUUAUUCAUCUUGCCCAACAUCUGCUGCCGCCCCGGAGGUGAAGCGAUCGAGAGCACGCGCUCGGCGCCCUUUUGCAAACCGCGAUGGCUCUAGGCAAGCGCAGGGUGGUCAAAGCACAAUGGACAUAGACAUCGACAUGGAUCGAAUCACAAUCCUAGUGAAUAAUGACACCACUAAUGGCGCCAGCCAUGAGCCUCAGUCAAUUCCCAAAGAGCCUUCCCUUCCCACAACAGCAAGAAGAGUAGACGCCCUUUCACACCCUGUGCUUUUCUCUCAGUCAUACAGGACCGGUGAUGUGGGACUACGACCUAAAGACUCGACGAGCAAACCACUCAAUCCGGACUCCGUUCCCCCUUCCCUCCCGUCCUCUUCCUUGCAGGUCCAUCUGCCGCCAUCUCAGACUUCCAACCGACCACGACACAUGCCUCCACCUCCGCCACCGCUCACUAAAUUCGCCACUCCUACCGCCUCCUCCAUCAACUCCUCAAAAUCUUCGUCCUCUAACGCACCUCAAUCUCGCCCCCCAAACACUCGCAAUCUGGGGAUGAAAGGCCUCUCCAGGUCAAGUUCCUCGCGCGAAAUCAUCGCAAAACCGUUCAAAGUCCCCUUCGCAGUGGCGGAGCCGAAGAAAAAAAUGGAGCCACCACCACCUCAAUCCUCGCAACCUUGCUCCAAAACUGAAGCCUCCUUGCAUCCUGAGCCAAAAAUUCCAACGUCGUCACAGCUGAAGGAUGCGCCUAUGGCCAGCCCAAGCGGGAAGGAUUUGUAUCUGUCACUACCGAACAUGUCGAGUUCAUCUGAUUCCUUCGAUAUGGACUCUUUCGGAGACGAUCAGCAGGCUAUCGAGGCGUGCUUAUCCCGGUACGACUAGUGGGACAGAAUGGACUUGAACUAUAUUUUGUUGUUUCACGAUUGAUCUAUGUUCUGCCUUCUUUUCCAUGUGAUGCUCAGACUUCUUCAGCACAAGUUGGGUACCAGACGU